AUGUCCUUCAUAUCUGUUUGUUGUUGCAACGGUUCGGUAGCUCCACUGUCUAGUUCUAUUCUUCAAGCUCCACUUCAACCAUUCACACUGAAAAGAACCACAGUCAUAGCUUCUGCUUCAAAAUCUGGAGGAGGAUUAUCACUCAAUUCGAUAUUUAAUAGUUGUAAAAAUUGCCAAGACAAAGGAGCUAUUCAAUGUCCAGGAUGCAAGGGAACAGGAAAGAAUAAAAAGAAUGGAAAUAUAUUUGAACGAUGGAAGUGCUUUGGGUGCCAAGGAUUUGGGCUAAUUGGUUGCCCUACAUGUGGAAAGGGAGGGUUGACACCAGAGCAAAGAGGAGAAAGAUAA